ACACGACAACGAAGAAGAAGAAGAAAGAACAAAGAAGAAAACCAUCUUUUGAAUAAGAGAAAAAUUGUGCAAAUCCCAAUAAGCUUUUCUCAAGAAAAUUCAAAAUUUUCUCCAGGAAGAAAGAACAAAGAAGAAAACCAUCUUUUGAAUAAGAGAAAAAUUGCACAAAUCCCAAUAAACUUUUCUCGAGAAAAUUUUAAUUUUCUCGAGAAAAUCCCAACGUUAUGAUAUCUUGAAUUUGUUUCAAUUGCGAUGAAACCGAGUAAUUGGAGAUUAGGGAUUGUGUUGAUUCUAUUUACUUUGUCUCAGCAUACGAUCCAUGCUCUUCAGUCCUCCGCUGAGGCCUACGUGACUCUUCUCUACGGUGAUGAGUUUCUACUCGGUGUUCGUGUUCUCGGGAAGUCGAUUCGGGACACCAGAUCUACUAAGGACAUGGUUGCUCUCGUCUCCGAUGGCGUCUCUGACUACGCCAAGAACCUCCUACAGGCUGAUGGUUGGAUUGUGAAGCUAAUUAGUUUAUUGGCAAAUCCUAAUCAAGUGCGACCAACAAGAUUUUGGGGAGUCUACACAAAGCUAAAAAUAUUCAACAUGACUGACUACAAGAAAGUGGUGUAUCUUGAUGCUGAUACAAUAGUUGUGAAGAGUAUUGAAGAUUUGUUUAAAUGCGGGAAGUUCUGUGCUAAUUUAAAGCACUCAGAAAGGCUUAAUUCAGGAGUUAUGGUAGUGGAACCGUCUCAAGCGGUUUUUAAUGAUAUGAUGAGCCAAGUAAAAACUUUGCGUUCUUAUACUGGAGGAGAUCAGGGGUUUCUGAACUCCUACUAUGCAGGGUUCCCCAAUGCACACGUUUUUGAGCCAGAUUUGCCACAGCAUGUGUUAAAUUCUCGAACAGUUCCCGACAUGGAGAGACUCUCAACUCUAUAUAAUGCAGAUGUUGGCCUUUACAUGCUUGCAAAUAAGUGGAUGGUGGAUGAGGAUUUACUUCGUGUUAUUCACUAUACACUUGGUCCCCUUAAACCAUGGGAUUGGUGGACAUCUUGGCUGUUAAAACCUGUUGAUGUCUGGCAGAAUGUUAGGGAACAGCUUCAAGAAUCUCUUCCUGGAACUGGUGGGGGCAGAAAUCCUAAUGAUGAACUUCUUGUCAAACUUCUUUUUCUGCUACCAUUAUUUGCUUUACUUUUCUGUUAUUAUCGGUAUUUUCUUCAGACACGUUCAUUUUGCGAUCAUAUUAGGCACCUUUCCUACAUAUUCAGAUCUAGGGGUGCUCUUGCUUAUUCAGCUGUUUCUUCUACGGCUAAUUCCAAUCAACAGUUCUCAAAUGGAGCACAGUCAAAGGUGCCUGCGUUUUUGGGUGGACUUUCUGUUUCCGUCUGUUUAGUGGCUGCUCUGGUGUCCCUUGCACUUGCACUUAUGAUUGUCCCUCGGCAAGUAAUGCCAUGGACUGGUUUGCUCUUGAUGUAUGAGUGGACAUUCACAAUCUUCUUCUUGUUGUUUGGAAGUUAUCUAUAUUUGAUUUAUCAGUGGGGAAAAAUGAAGGCAAAUCAAGUGGGUUCCUUUUCUUCUCGUCCUGGAUCUAUUGAUUGUGAUUCUGGAAAAGGCCAUCAGCUGCAGGUAUCUUCUUAUGAUGUUGCUAUAUGUUAUUAUGGGUUAGGAAUGGCAUUCCUGGCUAUUGCUGCCCCUUCAUUGCCUUGUUUUCUCGGGAUCACUGCUCUGUUCCCCAGGUUAGGUUUAAUGUUUGUGGGAGGCCUAGUUUUGGCGUCUUUCAUGACGUAUGCUUCAGAACACCUAGGGAUUGGAUCAUUUUUGAGAGGUUUUGAAGAAAAGGACACACCACGGACAAGGAGCAUAUGUUUCUUAUGCUGAUUGGAGGCUUGAAUCUAAUGAUGAAACCUUGACUCGUGCCAAAGGCCACAUGUCCAUCAUCACCAAAGUUGCAUCGACUCGGGAACUUAGGUACGAAAGGAGAAGGUCAUGAAAUGAGCACCCCCGCUUGCUUGAUCAAAGAUCUGCCUCUACUAAUCACUAUAUGUUUUAUAAACCUUAUGUGUUCUUGUUCCAGUUAUUAGCUAACUUUACUAUGUGACGCACACAAGCAAGUAUAGACUAAAUAAUAAGAACUGAAACAUUUCAAGUCA